AUGUGCGAGUCCGACUGGCUUCAGGCCGCGGACACCCAUUUCCUUUGUGCGCGCGACAAAUUCAUUCGCACGUCCCGCCAGAGCCAGAACACGAGCGCCCACCCGCCUCGGAGGCCUUUGCAGCUACCGGAGCCGAAGCAUCCCCGCGCAGAGGGCCUUUUACAAAACCUGCUCUUCAGCCAUGUAGACAACCGAACGCUCGACCAAGACCAAGAUGUUCUCGCCGCUGCAAACGAGUGCCGGGCCGCCUGCCUUAGCGUAAUUCAGCUCAACGGCGUCAGAAACUCAGUCCCCAAGACCUUCAUAAACCUAGUCAGGGAAACACUUUUGGAAACGUCUCUUGUCAUCAAAGACCUGAAACUCCUCGACGAAGGUAGGCAACCUUCUCCAGUCCACUCCAUGCUUCUCCAGUCAAUUCCCUUAUCUCUGUCACGGUCUUAUUCUGACGGCUUUUCUCCAGCGCUCAUUUACGCGGGAUACGACGCGCCCAACUCGGAGAAUGUAUUGGCCAUGAUUAACACACUUCGCGCAACUUCCGCCGCUCAGCCACCAGUCCCGGCUUGGCGGCCAGAACUGGACACUCUGGACGCCCCUUUCCCGGACAAGAUACUGGAGCUGCAGGGACAGGACGCUUUAAGCAGGCUGCACACGUGUGUCGAGAUGCGUCUGCCCUGUGUGAUUCGGAACUUCAUGUCCGACAACACACUCAGCUGGAAAGAAAUCAUCCUGAGCCACGGCAGUCGGUUCGUACCGGUAGAGCACAGGGGUAUCGACUACCGCAGCCCGCACUGGUUCCCGGAAAUCAAACGACUUCAACACGCCAUCGCCGACGGCGACUACGUGGCGCAAUUUGCUCUACACAGGCACCUCAACCUCCCCAUCGAAUCUAUUCCACUCUCCACCCUGCUAUAUCCCACGGGAACCAGUUCAGGGCCCGCCAGCUCCGGGGCCACUGGUCGAGGGCUUCCGGUAUCCACUCCACUGGCGGAUAUCUGCUUGCUGGACACCUCGUCGUCGGUCAAUAUGGAGAACUGUUGGCUCGGGCCGCCUGGUACCCUGAGCCCAUUCCACCAAGACAACUACCACAACAUCUACGUGAAUCACUGGGGGACAAAGUUCUUCCAUAUUGUAGAAAACACAGAAGCCGCCACCCGUGUUAUGCAACCACGCAAAGGCAGCUUAUAUAACACCACCUCCCGAGCAGUGGAAGACUUCGGGGACCCGCGAACCCUCUUUGGAGAUCAAAUACAGAACUGGCAGGUAACCCUAAAACCGGGGGAUGCUCUCUUCAUCCCAUAUAAAUAUUGGCACAUGGUCCAAGGCCUAUCGUGGAAUCUAGGGGUCUCUCACUGGCACGCUCCGGCGUAG